CUCUUCCCAAACGACUCCAAGCGACCAGCUUCGUUCUGUUGCCGGUUUCAUUGUUGUAGCAGAACAGAGCGGGUUAUUGUAAGGGAAGAAUUCACAGGCUCCUUGAUUAUUCUUGUACGUCCUGUCUACUGCGUCUGCUGCACGUUAUAAGGACGAAACGUCUGGUUUCUCUUCUCAAGCUCUGCCUACCUCUACCAAAUCCAUUAUGCACAUAAGACACUCGGCACGUUCAUUCGCAGUGUUCUCAUUGCUGUGUUUUGCGUGGCUGCCGGAAGUUCGCGCGUGGGGCGCAGCCGGCCACCAGAUCGUCGCUACGAUCGCGCAGAUACACCUCCAUCCAGCCGUCCUCCCCGUACUUUGUGACAUUCUCCACCCACCCGACGUGCCUCCAUCCGCUUUGUCGGCAGCCCCUCCUUGCCAUCUUUCCUCCAUCGCGACCUGGGCCGACCAGGUGCGAGGCACCCCGGCAUAUCGCUGGACAUCUCCGCUGCACUACAUCGGUGCCGUCGACGACCAUCCCAGCGAUGCCUGCGAAUUUCCUGGCGAGCGCGGCUGGAACGGGCGGCGCAACAUGAAUGUCCUCGCUGCCGUUAACAACAAGACCGCCAUGCUGGGCGAGUUCCUCGACGGCGAGCGGAGUUGGCACGAAGGCGAGGAGGCGCUCAAGUACCUCGUGCAUUUUGUGGGAGAUAUGCAUAUGCCGCUGCAUCUGACUGGCAGAGAGAGGGGAGGGAACGGCGUGAAGGUGACGUUCGAUGGCCGUGUUACCAACUUACAUUCCGUCUGGGAUAAUCUGCUCGUCGCGCAGGCCCUCCGUACUGUGUCCUCGAACUAUACCCGUCCGCUCGUGGGCGCUCCUGGCGUCGAGACCAACCUGCGGAACGCAAUCUACGACCCGUACAUCCGCCGAAUUAUGCAUGAAGGCUUUGGCGUCGGUGUUGGCACAUCUGAAGGCAACGGCCGAUUCGACGAGGUCGACGAAUGGCUCAGCUGCCCAGCAGAUAUUCAAUCUCCCACAGACGAACCGUCUUUUGUCUGGAGAGCGAUAGCACAGCUGGCGCAGAAGCUUCAGCGUAUGAUAGGUUUCGACGAUCCGAGCUUGCGGGUGCAGAAGCGCGAUCGUGCAAUGAGGCCAAGGCAUCAUCCAGGAACGGCGAAGCAGAGCUCUACCUCGGGAUGGCUAUGGUGGAGCCAGGGAGAGGGGGACCGCUGGGACGACGAAGUGCUCUGUCCCUAUGCGUGGGCCAGCGAGAUUCACAAACUCAACUGCGAGCUUCCCGUCUGGCCCGCCGAGCUCGAUGCGAACUCCUCUUCUAUAUUGCAUAGCUGCGGUGGCGAAGAUUCCGAUGCUGAAGUGGAGGGAAAACCGCGUCCGCACCCUGACCUGCUCGAGCUCGAUACGCCAAAGUAUGUCGGGAACAUCCGCACGCAGUGGGUUCUCGAGCGUCUGCUGGCAAUGGCGGGCAUCCGCCUAGCGGGGAUUCUGAAUGGCCUCAUCCUCGGUUCCGACCCUGAGAUGGAACAUAUCUUAUUGUCUCCGGGGAGGACUCAAUUGUGAUGCAUAGAAGUACUUGACAAUGAUAGGAUUGGUGGCGCGUCUCUGCAUAUUGUAUUUGUAUUUGGGCUGUACAAGUUGUCUGUUGCUCGAGUAGCAUUUGGAUAUCGGAUUAGAGAUACCAUUUGAUUCUUUUUUUGCCCAGAAUUGAGCUGAGUGGAAUGUU